GGAAAUCGAACAAUGUAUUAGUAGUAUCUUGAAUCAUAUUUCAAAAAAAUCAAUUCUUUCAUUUUUUAUAAAUAAUAAUGAAAGAAAAAAUUCUUUUUCAAAUAAUGUUCAAGAAUCAAUUAAAUCUUUAGAAACCUUCAGUUCUUCAAUAGAAAAGUCUUAUGAAAUUACGUCAAUAGCAGAAUCAGUUCGUAAUAGUGCUCAUAAGCGAGUCAUUAAAGCAAAAAAUGAUGAACUAAAACUUAUUCUCAACUGUAAUAAUAAAAGUCAUUGGAAGAAAUUUCGGGAUUACAUUUAUUCAAUGUUUGAUAAAAGAGAUGGCUUAAAAUGUGAUACUCAGAAAGGAGAUUUGUUAGAACAUUUAGAUAAUGAUUUAGUGAGGAUUGCAAAAAUUUUACUAAAUUUUAAAGGGAAUUUGAAAAUUCAUUCCGAUGUAUUACGUAAACUUUCAGAUAAUAUAGAAUAUUUAAAACAUCUCAAAUUGAACAAUCUUGAAAUCCAAAAAAUUAAUAAUAUUAGAAAACUUUUGAGUAUGAUUAAAGAGAAUCAUAAAAAAUUCAAUAAAUAAUAAAGUGGACCAAUAAAUAUUCC